CGUCACGUUACAAUCCACAGCUCGGGGGCAAAAAUUUGUCACCUUGUUCAUGAUUUUUCGUAUAAAUACCCAACGCGACAACAGUUAGCUACAGUCUCAUACCGACAUUCAGUAAAAUCACAAUGAUUUCUAAGUUCGUCAUCAUCUUCGCUCUGGCCGCAGCCGCCUCAGCCCUCCCCGUGGUGCCGGUCGCCAAAUACGCGUACGCUGAAGCAGAAGCACCAGCACAUUACGAGUUCCAGUACUCCGUCCAUGACAAUGAGAGCGGAGACGUGAAGCAGCAGCAGGAGUCCCGUGAGGGAGACGUCGUCCACGGAUCAUACUCGCUGGUGCAACCUGACGGAGUCCACCGCAUUGUAGAGUACAGCUCUGACGCACACAACGGUUUCAACGCCAACGUACGUUACGAAGGACAACCCAUCCAGGCCCCAGUCCCCGCUAAGGUCGCCUAUGCUGCUCCCGUCGCCAAGCUCGUCCACGCCGCCCCUGUCGCCAGAGUAGCGUACUCCGCCCCUAUCUCCUACGCCGCCCCCGUCGCUAAAGUAGCAUACGCUGCUCCCGUAGCUAAGGUAGCUUACUCAGCUCCCAUCUCCUACGCUGCUCCACUCGCCCACGUCUCAUACUCUUCUCCCGCCAUCUCCUACCACCACUAAAUUGUGAUAACUAUAGUUGUUGUAAGGAAGCGUUCUAUUUAUUGAAACAAAAUAAUACUCACAAAUAAAUUAUUUGACUUAAA